AUGAGACCAAGAAAAUACGCUACCAUCUCUAAGACUCACAAGACCGUUUCUAGAAUCUACGGUGGUUCCAGAUGUUCCAACUGUGUCAAGGAAAGAAUCACCAGAGCUUUCUUGAUUGAAGAACAAAAGAUCGUUAAGAAGGUCGUCAAGGAACAAACUGAAGCUGCUAAGAAGGAUGCUGCCAAGAAAACCAAGAAGGGUAAGAAGAGAAACUGA